AUGGUCUUUGCCAGUCACCUUAAACUCGCAGCCGCGGUGGCAGCGAUGCCCCAGCUGGCUCUUGCAGCGGCCAGCAACGCCAUCAACUCGCAGAUCCGUCUCGCGUAUCACGGCGACAACGGCAUGAUGAUAUCGUGGAAUACGUUCCAACAGCUCAGCAGGCCUACAGUCCACUUUGGCCUCUUGGACAGCAACCUCAACGAGACGGCCUCAUCCAACAUCUCAGUCACUUACCCGACCUCGUUGACUUAUAACAACCAUGUCCUCAUCACGGGCCUAUCUCCUGACACAACUUACUUCUACCUGCCCGCCCCCUGGGUCGCCGGUGACAAGACGCCCUUCUCCGUCGCUGUCGUUGUCGACCUCGGUACCAUGGGCACCAGGGGCCUGACUACUAGCGCUGGCACGGAUGUCAAGCCCCAGAACGUCCUGGCCCCGGGAGAGACCAACACUAUCGAGUCACUGGCCAAUCACCAGAAUGAUUUCGACUUUAUUUGGCACCCUGGUGAUAUUGCCUAUGCGGACUACUGGCUUAAGGAGGAAAUCCAGGGCUUCCUGCCAAAUACCACCAUCGAAGAGGGCUACACUGUCUACGAGGCCAUUCUCAAUGACUACUACGACCAGAUGAUGGACGUUACCGCCAUCAAGCCCUACAUGGUCGGCCCUGGCAACCACGAAGCUACGUGCGAUAACGGCGGCACCACUGACAAAGUCCACAACAUCUCUUAUACAGCUGACAUCUGCGUCAUGGGUCAGACCAACUUUACCGGCUACAAAAACCACUUUCGCAUGCCUAGUGACGUCUCGGGUGGCACUGGAAACUUCUGGUACUCGUUCGACAGCGGCAUGGUGCAUUUUGUCCAGCUCGACACUGAGACCGACCUCGGUCAUGGCUUGAUUGGUGCCGACGAAGUUGGCGGUGCAGAAGGCAUGAACGCUGACCCUGUCAAUGCCACUAUGAAUGCUCAGACGAUGUGGCUCGAGGCCGACCUUGCCGCCAUCGACCGUGCCAAGACUCCCUGGGUCAUUGUCGCCGGCCACCGCCCCUGGUAUCUUAGCCAUGCUAACGUGUCGGGCACCAUCUGCUGGUCCUGCAAGGACGUUUUUGAGCCACUAUUCCUCAAAUACAGCGUUGACCUCGUGCUCUCUGGCCACGCCCACGUCUACGAGCGCCAGGCUCCCAUUAACAACAACGUCUACGACACCGCCGAGCUCAACAACCCCACGUCUCCUUGGUAUAUCACCAAUGGUGCUGCCGGUCACUACGACGGCCUCGACGCCCUAGACACCGCCCGCAAGAACUACAGCCGCUUCGGUCUUGACACUUCCAAUGCUACUUACGGCUGGUCUAAGCUGACUUUCCACAACUGCACCCACAUGACCCAUGACUUUAUCGCUAGCAACAAUGGCAGCGUCAUGGACACUGCCACUCUCUUCAAGAAGCGCAUUUGCAGCACCGGCAUGGUUAUAGAGACCACUUCCAAUACCACCACCCCUACUGCUACCGCUACCGCCGGUGCCGCCGCCGCUCUAAGUGUCCCCAGCGGCGUUUGGGCUCUGCUUGCUGCAGCCGUGGCUGUCACAGGCGCGUCUCUGUAG